UAUAACGUAGAAUAUGCCUGUCAUAAUUCGUCCAAUGAAAAUGCUUGUUACAUUUAGUGUCUGUAAAUUAAAGGAUCCUCCAUUGCUGAGUGGACAGCCGGUCAGAGGUGUAAAAGUGAAUUUAACUUAAAGAAAAGGUUAUUUGUUGAAUUUGCAACGGACGCUGGACUAAUUUCCAGUUGAAAGAGGUAAGAGGGGCGUUAAACCAACUAGCACGUGCGGCCCGAAGAAAGUUUGGAAUUGCAUUGAAACAAAUAAAAAAGAAACAGUCAUGGAGCUGCAAGUUGUGCUGAUUGGUGCUGUUGUCUUUGUUAUCUCAGCUGUGCUGAUUUAUUUAAUAUCGGCUUUUACAAUGAAAGAAAAGACAUUUGAAGAAGUAAUAGCAGAGCAAAAGAGAGAAAAUGAAGAAAAAUUGUUAAAGGUGAAACAAGAGAAGAAAGCAGAAAAAGAUGCAAGGAAAAGGUUCAAGCCUAAAGGGAAAGUUAAAGGUGAUCAAUCACCGAAAGUAGUCAGAGAUGCGUCACCAAAGGUGUCAUUUUCUGAAACAGAGAAGGAACACAAGAUGGUCAACCUUGAACUUGAUCCAGUUAUUAUUGAGCCGGUGGAGAUUGAAAAGCCAUUGAAGAUGAAUAAGAAAAAAGAGAAACCAACCAAACCAAUUCUACAUAACAAAGAUGAGAAAACACCUGUAGUCUCAGAGGAAUUUGUGGAGGAAAUUAUUCACAGAGGACCUGCUCCAAAGGAUGAUGUUGAGUUAAAGCAUAUUCAAGACAAUAAGAAAGAUAAACCAAAGAAAGAGUCAAAAAAGAAACAUGAAGAACAAAAGCCUGUAGUUGAAGAAAUCAUGAGAACCUCAGCAUCCAGUGUUCAGGCAGCUGCCCCUACUAUGGGGGAUGGAAAAUUAGGUUUUAAAGAAACAGGAAAUAGCAAAUUGAUUGCAUCGGUAAAAUCAGCAACAUUAAGUGACCAAGAUGCUCAAUCACUCAUUGACAUUUUACUUAUCAAACAAGGUGGAUCCCCAGCUACACUGUCUGCUGAUUGGAAUAAGAAAUCCCAAAAAGGAGAUCCAGUCGCCCUGUUGAGGAAACAGUUGGAAGAAAAGGAAAGAGCAUUACAAGAAGAACAACAAAUGGUGAUGGCUGGUAAUACAAAGAUUAAAGAGAUAAGACAAGAAUUGAAUCAAGAGAAGAUGAAAUAUCAAGCAUUGGAAAAAAGUUAUAAAGACAAAAUGGAAUAUCAGGGGCGUGAGGUACAAGCUUUGCAUGCACGUAUCCAGCACACACAUGAUCAACAUACGGUGGAGACAAGUCAAUUAAGGGCUGUUGUACAGAAACUUGAGGCUCAAGUUGGGGAUCAGUCUAGGAUGCAAAGGAUUGUUGAUGAAAACAAUAAACUGAAAGACUUACUGAAUAAAACACAGUCUGAGACUCUUUCUCCCGCAGAACUGAACAGUCUCAAACAGAAAGUUUCGAUACUUGAGAAAGAAAUAUCAAGCAAUGCUUUGAAACUGAAUGCAAGUGAAAACACAAAGAAAACAUUGGAACAGAAACUAGCUAAGUUGGAAGCAGAAUUAAACAAAUACGAGUCACAACAGUCAAGCAAUGAGAAUGUUAUGGAGAAGAGAGUUGAUGAAAUUGGACAGGAAUUGAGAAAAUCAGAAGCUAAAAUUGGAACAUUAAACAAAGAUCUUCAGGCUAAAGAGCAGGCAGUUGAGACAGCCCAGAAGGAAUGUAAAUAUCUGAAAACCAAACUACAAGAGUUAGAGAGAUCUUUGACAGAAAGUGACCAAUCAACAAAAGAUAUGGUGGAAAGAUUAAAGGUUUCUGAUAGACAAAAAAUUGACAUAGAAGGAAAUUUAAAAAAUCUUCAAAAGAGGAUUGAAAGUUUUGAUCAGGAAAAGUCAUCAUAUUUAACUGAAAUACAGCAUCUGAAACAAGAAAACAAUAACCUAUCAACUGAACUAAAAACAACAAAAGAUAGUAAACAGACAGCAGCUCAAGAAACAGUAACAAAACAACAGAAUGGAGAUCUCCAUGCUGAUAUUUCUCAAAUGAUACCAAAAGAUGAACAUGAAAAACAGCUAGCUGCUAGAGAAACAGAAUUGAGAACAUUAUCAGUUGAUAUAGACAACAGAAAUAAAGAAUUGUCUUCAUUAAAGGAAGAAUUAGAAAAGCAAAAGAAGAAAAAUAAUGAAUUACGAGAAAAGAAUUGGAAGGCUAUGGAUGCUUUAGAAAAAUCUGAAAAAUCUGUCUCAGAAAAAGUUCAAAGUGCAAUUAAAGAGCGAGGGAGUGAUAUAACUGCUAGUCUUAAUGAAGUGGAAACUUUCGAUAAAUCUGUGAUGCAAAGGUUGUUCCCUGAUAUCUCUGUCAAACAAAAGAAUCACAAAGACUGGAUGACAGACUUUGAAAAACAGAUUGGAAGUCAUCUUAAAACUUUAAAACAGCAAUCAGCAUCCAGUGAUAAUAGUGCCAAAAAUGAAAGCAAGAUAAAGGAACUAGAGGAUAGGGUAAGAGAGGCCGAGACAAAACGAGACAGUCUGGCAUCCAACUUACACGAGUCGGAGAACUCAUGUUCUAGAUUACAGACACAAGUAGCACAAUAUAGAAAUGUUUUAGGGGAAACAGAAAACAAAUUGACACAGCUAGAAAACAGCGUAGAAGCAGAAGAAAAGAAAUGGCAAGAAAGAUUGCAAGCAAAAGAAUUAGAAUUACAGCAAGCAAAGCAGGAAGUAUCACACAGUAAAGAGGAAGUAAUAAAAGCAGCUGGAAGUCAGGAGGAUAUAAGUGAUAUUGGUUUUGCAUAUCGCUGUGUAGAGAAAAGUUUGUCCACUAUAGUUGACGAGAUGAAAGAGAGAGUGGCUGAAUUAGAAGGAGAGUUGAGUUCAUCACAAGAUAGGUGUUCACAAUUACAGUCUCAAGUCAAACAGGCAGAGACUAAAUUAGAAGAGUAUAAUAUCCAGAUAAUAGAAUUGAAAAAAUCUAGUGCCAAUAUUACUGUUAUAACAAAUGAUUUAGAAGACUUACGGAAACAGUUAGAGGCAGAAAAGAAGAAGAAUAAAGACCUAGCAUCUCAGAUUGUAAAGUUGAAUGGCAUUAUAAAGACAGGACAUGAUGCAUUAACCCAGGAACAGAACCUCACAAAGAAGCUCCAGGAGCAGCUCUCAUCUGGUGAUGUACAGCAGAAUUCAAAAAGUGUGCCAAAUGACUCAACUGCAGAAAUGAAUCAGCUGAGAACAAAAUUACAUGAUAAGGAAAAACAGCUAGAAAAAGAAAUUAGUGCUAAUAAACUUCUUAGUCAGCGAUUGGCCCAAUUAGGUGUUAUGAAAAAGCAAUAAAGUAGGAAUAUAGGCGUCAUCACAGAGCAGUUUGAAUGAAGCAGGAACAUCUGUGUGACAUCACCAUGGUGACAGCAUUGAUAUGGUUACACCAGAAGAAGCUAGUCUCAGCUAUUAGAUAUUUUAUUCUACAGUGUCAACUGACAAGAAGUUUGCACGCUUGAAGAUUUUAAUCUGAAUAUUGUUGACUCCAAAUGCUAUGCAAUAAUUUCAUGAAAAUGUGUUAAUUUUAUUUAAGUGACGUACAAACCUCGUUAAGAAUUUUGGGACCAAGGGAAAGUCUUCAUUUUAUUAUUUUUUUGUUUAUUUUAUUUUUAUUUUAUGCCUCAGUUUAGUUUUAUUUUUCACAAGAAAGAAAUUAUGAUAAUAUGUAGUGUGUUUUAAAUUCUAACUUGUUUAUAGCUCUGUUAAGAAAGGUUUUAGUAAGCUUGAAUAAAUAAUAUUUUGAUGAAGUUUUUCGGAAAACAUAUUUUAAGCAUGGACAUAUAUUUUGUUGUUGGAUUUUGUUUGGCAGUUUCGAUAUGAUGUACUAUAUUUUUAUUGAAGGUUGUAGUAAAGUAGUAAUAUAGGAAUAUAUAUAUAGCCUAGAUAUUGGCACUGCUUUUACUGAAACGUAUACAGUGUACAUGUAUCUGUUCCUGGGUGUCGUAUUGAUCUACCUUUAUAUAAACAUAGAAAGAAUAUGUAGAUUAUAUUUGACAUUACAUUGUUAAGAUGAGAAUAUAUAUAUAUAUGUGAGAGGUUGAUAGCUCAAGCAAGCUUAUUUUUCACUUAGAUUGACAGCAAUAUUACUGGUUCGAAUUUUCUUGCUCUGAUAAAUCAUUAUGAAAGGGGUUGGGUUUUUAUUUGUUGGUUUUCUUUUGCAAUAAAGCUCAUCUGAGUUUAUUAAGUUAUAAUUAAAUGAUAAUAUUUGACUGUGACAUUAUGUAUUAUAUAUUGUGGAGACUGAGCAGUGAUAUCCAGUACCGCUUUAUCUGUAAGUAUGAUGUUGCUAUCCUUGCUUCAAUAAAACCUGGCAUAUAUUCAGUACUACCACAGAGAAUAGAUAUGGAGGAGUCAUUACUUUGAUUUUUUUUAUAAAACAACCAUCAUGGUCUCAAUUAACAAAUGAUUGAUAGAUGCAGACAUAGUUAUUGAGAGAACAAAGUGAAUGUUGCAUUAUAAUACAGACUGGCUAACAAAGAAUAUUUUGUGUACAUUAUAACAUGUACAUUGAAUUAAUUUAUGUUGUCAUUGUUUAGGUUGUGUUUUAAUCACAAAAUUUUAUUGUCAUUUUCAUUGCUUUGAUAGUCUUAAUAUGUAUUUUACUAUAAUACAGUAAGUUUUAUCAUUAUUACGGUUUGUAUUUCUGGACAGGGUAUGUUGGUGAAUGUCGGAAUUAUUAGUCAUAAUAUAGCCUUAAAUCUUUCUUUGCAGAGAUUUGGUUAAUUGCACUUAUCAAUUUUAAAUAAGUCUGGAACCCUCAAUGUGACAUGUAUUUAAAAUGAUGAUGAUAGUUAUUUUCUAGGCUUGUUUAAUGAAAGCAACAAACUGUGAUAAAACAAUUCAUGUAUGUCAUAUACUAACAAGAUCUUGCCUACCCACAGUGUUAUAUUAUAAUAUGAAAUAUAUCAUAGAUCAUUGUUCAUUGAUUUUUUGCUCUACCCUCUUUAUAAUGUUGAUAUGAAAGCACAUUUUAUCUUUUAUCCUAACUAAUAACAUGGCGCUGUAAAUAUGGGCAUUGAACUUUAUACUGUAACAUAACUAUAGAAGUCAGCUUAAUUCAGAUGAACAUGUGUAAACUAUUAUAGGUAUGGACUCUGAUUCAAAUAUCACAUCAGUUUGCUUACUCUAGAAACGCUCAAUCCACUUGAUAGCAAAUCUUUUGUUUAACUUUCACAUGGCUUUGAAAUAAUUAACAAGCAAAAUUGUAAGAAUCAUGUGUUCUAUAUGGUCUGUGUGCCAUUCUUAUUGUUCUAUUAGCUUGUUUGUGUAUUGAGAGACUGAUGUUUAAUUGUUAUAUCCUGUACUUUAUGGUGAUGGUGCUCAUAUGUCACUAUUUACCAAAGAUUGAAAUAUAUCAACAUGUCUUAAUGUUUUAUGUAUGUUUUCUUUGUUGCUUUGUAUGUUAUUCAAGAUAUGUACCUGUAGAUAAGGUUUUUAAAAUGACAUGUUUGUUUAUUGUGAAUAUUUGUUAAAGAAUGUUUUUCUGUUUGUAUUGAAGGGUAAACCAUAGCUGUUCUUUUCUCUCACUUGGUUUAUAUGGAAUUUUAUGUCCCAGUCUUGGGCAAUGACAACAUACAGAAUUGAUGAUCUAGACUUGAUUUAUUCCUUUUCGAGAAAUUUAAAUAAAGAUAUUAAUGAACUAUAUGUAAAUGUAUUUGGAUUUGAUUGACAUAGAUUUGAUGUGUUCUUUGUUAGAUAUUGGCUAGUUAUUUUACUUAUAUGUGCAAUAAGUCAAGUUAUUAUUGUUUUGUUUGUGUUUUUUUUUUCUUUAGCAAAAAGAUAAAGUUCACACAAUAUGAACAGUAAGAUUGUGUUAGUUGUAAGUGUACAUGUAUGAUUGAAGCUUUUAUAAGGACACUGAUAUUCAACCAAACUUUGUUUUAAUAAACAUAUGAUUAAAGCUACUAUUGAAGACUAUUGUCUAUUGUUCUCUCACUUUAGUCAAGUGUUGACAGUGUUGCAUGGAAGCUUUGUAAUGCAUGUUUUAAAAUUACAAAAUAUUUAUAAAAGAUAAAACAUUUUUUUCAGGUACAUUUAUGUCUGUCAUUAUGAUAUAUUUUCUCUACUUCACAAGGUUAGCUUUUUACACUUUUACUUUAAUGAUCUUGUUGUACAAGUUUAUACCAUACAAAUCAGAUGUUAGUUGAAAAUAUCUUGCCUUUUGUUGCUAUUUCUCAUUUUUGUGGUCUAAUUUUAUCAUAAAAUGAGCCUCGCCAUGACAAAACUAACAUCAUUGGUUUGCGACCAGCAUGGAUCCAGACCAGCCUGCGCAUCCGCGCAGUCUGAUUAGGAUCCAUGCAGUUAGCUAUCAGUUUCUCUACUUGUAAUAGAAUUGGUAAGCGAACAGCAUGGAUCCUGAUCAGACUGCGCGGAUGCGCAGGCUGGUCUGGAUCCAUGCUGGUCGCAAAUGCACUAUGUUGGUUUUGUCAUGACGCGGCUCAAGUGUUACUGUAUUCAUAAAAACCAUGACAACAAUUACAUUGUGUACAAGUAUUGUGAUAUACCAAUAUAUUUCUGUUUAUUGUAUGCUAAAUAUAUUAGUUUACCGCAAUAUUGUCAACAUUUUGUAACUAGCAAUUUCAUUCUUAAGGCACCUUCCGUUAAUAUUUCUCUUGUAAGUUAUUGCUGUAUCUUAUAAUGUAUUUUUUAAACUAAAAAUUUCAGAAGUUUAGCAUGAAAUGUUAAUAUGUAAUUCAUUAUAAUUACACUGUUGAAUAAAUUAAAUUUGAGCCCAAGGUUACAAUGAUCUAAUAUUUAUUAUAUAAUUCAUAUUUAAUAAAGAUUAAUUGUAGUAUUUAUAAUUAAACAUUUUAACUGGAAUGUCCCAUAUACAUAAAACUGUGAUUACUUUUGUAGUUGACUUUAUUUAGAUUUAGAUAGAAAUAGUUAUUAUAAAAAUAUAGGAGAAGUAAUUUUAUAAUUGCUUAAACAUGCCAAAGGUUUUGGGUAGUAUUGUACAGUAUGAAUAUAUAAAAUGACAAAGGGGUACGGUAAAAAGGACAUAUUUGAAGUACAAAUGUAGUUGUUUUCAUUGAUUGAACACAAGUUAGAUGUCGGAAUAAACAAAAUCACAUAAUAAUUAUUAAUUAAAUUAAUUUUGAAGUUCACAAAAGGGGGAUUUGUUGGAAAUUCACAGUUGAAUUGAUUGCAAGCGUUUUUAAAAGCUUUAUCAUCUUGAUUACUGAAGUGUAAAAGCAGAAUGACAUGAUAUACUGUUCGUCACAAAAUUAUUUUUUCUUAACUUACAGUUAAGAAUCUAUUAGAGCUUUGUUUUAUUUUGUUUUUUUAGAGAAAUGUCUGUUUUAACAGCUAGCAAUGUGCAUAUAUAGAUAUAUGUAUACAUUGUAUAUAAGGGAGAUAAUUUGUGUCUGAAGAACAGACAUAUUAUUAUAUACCAUUGAGGUCAGCUUUUUCAUGUGUAUGUACCAUUUCUUUGCUUCUUUAUUGACAAAAUAAAUAAUAAUCUCUCA